CUUUUAUUGUUGUAUUUGAUGUAAUUGUAAAUGUAAUGCCGAACGUAAAAGGUAGAGUGUGGUUCUCUAUUAAACCUCCAAAGUCUGGAAUAUUAUACUCUCAAGGUGGACAUUCAAUUUUUGAACAAAUAGAAAAAGAACCACUUUCUAAAGUACUUUCAUUAUAUAACAUUUCAAAACCGAAUCGAUCACCUUCGGUAAUGUCAACAUUUGUAGUCAGAUUCCCAUUAACCCAUAUAUUCGCACCAAGGAAGAAAGUAUCAGGAAUAACUUUUAGAUUUAGUGUUGCAAAAGUUGGUGCGUCUGAACAU